UAUAUUUGGCUCCGCCGUAUCUUCCAAAACAAAAACCACCAUAAAAAGGUAUCAAAAUUCAAAUGCGGCGGAACCACCACCGGCGAUUUUCGUCCGGUUCAGACGACGACGACGAAGACGAUGAAGAUGAAGAAGAAGAUGAAGAAGAAGAGAAUGUAUCCUCUGCGGCGCGGCGGCGGACGAGGAUGAAGUGUCUAUCCUGCAAGGAGGAGUACGGCGACCGCAACGCCGGCACUUGCCGCGAGUGCUAUGAGGAGGCGGGGGAGACGGAGGAGGAGCUCAAGCGCCAAAUCGUUGAACUCGAUUCCAAAGUCAACUUUCUUUCCCUGAUUGCAAUUAGCCCCAAAUUCGUACCCACCGCCAACCCUCGAUGCUUUUCCGACGUCGUUUUGGUCGCCUCUGGUCCGCCGGAAUCAGAUAAUCCACACUGCAAUUCGCCUUCAAUUCCGGCACAUCGCGCCGUACUGACGAGCAGAUCUCCGGUUUUCAGGGCAAUGCUCGAAAACGAAAUGGAGGAGAGCCUCACCGGAACUAUCAUGAUCCGCGAUGUAUCGUACGACACCCUUCGAGCGUUUGUCAACUAUAUGUACACAGCCGAAGCAUGCCUUGGCGAGAACAUGGCCUGCGAUCUCCUAGUGUUGUCGGAAAAAUACCAAGUGAAGCAUCUCAAGAACUACUGCGAGAAGUAUUUGAUGUCUACGUUGAAUUGGGAGAAUUCGAUCCCCCGUUAUGCUUUUGCUCAUCAGCAUGGGGCGAAGAGUUUGCUCGAUUCAUCAUUGUCGUUGAUUUUGGACAACAUGGAUAAGCUCGGCAAACGAGAAGAGUAUGUGAAACUUGUGGAGCGGGACCCACGGAUGGUGGUGGAGAUUUACGAAGCUUAUCUCUCGAAACAAGUGAAUACGGGUUUAAGUAAAGAUCGAUUUGUGAAGGCUUAGGCUGAGUAAAUAUUCUUUUGUUUUUUGGGGGGGAUUUCAUAUAUGUCUUAGUUAGUAUGGUGAGCAUUGAUGUAAUGAUUUAUUUUGGUAGAGAGAUUCUUCUUAACAAGAUGUUUCAUGGGAGCAAACAAUUUGUGUAAUGCCGAAGAUUUGAUUAAACUGUAUACGAACAAAAAAAACGUCUAAAUAUGUGUUAAUACGUAUCAACAUAUAAUGCAUCCGUUCCCCCCA